GUUCAUAGAGAUCUAAAAUACAGUAUUUUUCCUUGGAACCGAGCACACACCCCUUAUGUGUGCACAUUUCUGAAAAAAAAAUCACGUACGUGCUUUCAUUUAACCUCGUGUAGACCUUCAUGUGGCGUAAAAAAUGCGUUUCCUAGUUGUCGUGUUGUGUGUGACUACGGUAUGGGGAUACCAGCAUUUCCAGGACGAAAUUCCUAACGGUAAAAGUGUGCCACACCCUUGUAAAGAUAACCACAUGUGGAAGGGCGUUGGUCAUCUCAACCAACUUGGGGGAGGUGUCAAUAACCAAUUUGGAUCAGAUUUCGAGAACGCCGGAAAGAAAUGGACAAAAUCGCUCUGCAUGAUGGACUCUGACGGGGACGGGAAGACUAACGGGGAGGAGUUGGGAGACCCGAAUUGUGUGUGGACCAAAGGGGGCACCCCAGCUGUUACAAUCGACAUCAGCCACCCCGGAAUCUGUACCCCGUACUCCGAUCCUGUCUGCAAGGGAGCUAAUUUGUGGGUUAAUUGUGACGCCGAGGAGUUUAAAUGCGACGCCUUAAACGAAGUCGGAAUGAAAAACACCACUAUUCGUUUUCCGGAGACAGCUGUCCCAACGACAUCAAAAUCCUCCUACUGUAUGGUGACCGACCUGCCAACAGAUGGCGAUUAUCACUUGUUGGCUAACAAACCGUACAUCAACAACGACGAUGUCGUACACCAGAUCCUUCUAUAUGGCUGUGACGAAACAUCUUCUAACGCGAUCCUGACAUUCCCCGUGAACACCCCAAAGGUAUGCAACACAGCCAUUCGUCAACAGUGUAACGUUCUCAUAGGAAAAUGGACUGACGGUUUGAGUGGAGAAUGCCUACACAGGGACUUUGGAUUUCGUAUAGGUCGGAAUGGCUUCAGGAAGGCUCUCAUGCGGAUUCAAUGGCACAAUCCAGUCAAAUCCAGCUUCGGCGGAAGUUUUGGAAUGACCCUGUUCUACACAGCCAAUCGCCGCAUGCACGAUGCCAACAUCAUAACGGUUGGACAGGAGUAUAUGGCGAUACCCCCAGGAGAGGCCUCGUACCAAGUGGACGGCAGAUGUUCCGGGGACUGUUCCAGUCGGAAGCUCUCUUCCCCCGUCUAUAUAACUAGGGCUUACAACCACAUGCACACCUUAGGACGCAAACAGAGACUCGAACACUACAGGAAUGGGUUAAAACUACGCGACAUAGCUUACGACGAUACGUACAGUUAUUCUAGUCCAGUCAUCCACGACUUCCAGGAUCCUAUAGAGUUUCGACCUGGAGAUGAGCUUAGGACAACAUGUACCUACACCUCAGUUGGAAAGACCAUGACAACGUUCCAGGGAACCAAAAAAUCUGAAGAAGCCUGUUUUAGCUUCCUAACAUUUUACCCUGCAGACAACAUGAAAUUUCCUCAUUGUGUCCAAUGGAAGGGGAUAGAUAUGUGUAAAUUAAACGAUCAAAAACAGGAUUUUCCUGUCAUCAAUGGAUGCAACGUGCAUGCAUUUCAAAACAUCACACAUCCAGACUUUAAGAGUGUGUAUGAUGACGUGUUCAGUCUUUGUAAGCCAUUCGGAGGAUGCUUAACAGAAUGCCAAAAGUACACAGAUGAAGUUCUGGACAAGCACUCCUGUCUCCAGGGUGACAUUGGAGCUAUGUUCAGACACUCAACUAAAUCUGUGUCCGGUAUUGAUUAUCUGAAAUUUUGGGGAGCUGUCGAAUCCUGUAAGAAAGCGAAGCCAUGUCAAUGUAAGAAAUCGCCCACAUCUCCCUCUGAAAAGCAAUGUCCAAAACCAGUGCCGGUUAGCACUAGUACUGGAGGUGCGGAUGUUGGGGUAGCUUCUAUGUUUGUCUUGAUUUUGUCCCUCUUUACUUGUCUCAUGAUAUAGAGUCCUGUCAGAUGUACCAAGGGGUGAUGUGUACAUGGUAAGGACCAUUGUAUUGUUAGACAUUAUUUCAAACAUUGUAAGAAACGUAUUGGAGGUUUAACUACAAUGUUCGAUAUAUCUAGUUAUGAAAUCUUUCGAGGACGUUAACGAUGUUUUCCUAUUGAAGUCAUGGCUUUAUUAAAAUAAUUAGAAAUAUAUCACAAUACUCAUGCUACUCAUUAGAUUUGUGAUCUGUUUAAAUGGUCCUCGGUGGUGAUUACGAAAUAAAAUUUUGAACCAAUCUCCCUAA